CGACAUUUACCGGGUUAAACCGUGCAGAGGGCGUUUAUUCAAACCCUGCAGCAGCUCCACCGGAUCCGCGCGCUGGUAUCAUAGCAACAACACCCGAGAAGCGGCGUGAGAUCAGCUGCAGUACCGGCGGAACCGAAGCGCCAAAACUCCGCUCAGCUUCCCGCGCGCGCGACACUCCCCGCAGAAGCGGGUAACGGCUGACAGAGCGCGGGAAUAUUCCUGACUGGAAAUACUGGACGGCAAAACGCAACUCAUUCUUACCUGCAGGCAAAAUGCUGUCAUCUGAAGACGGAAAGUUUUCGGUUAAUUGUCCGAAUACGAAUGUACUAGUCAUAUUUCACGGAUGAUUAAUUGAGCGCCAUCAUGAUUGCCACAGGGGGUCUGUUGCGGAUCUCAGCCAGGAGACAGGACUCCCUUCGCGCAAAGAACCGCGCCGAGAACAAGCGCAAGAGGAAAGCCAAGAAAAAGAGGAAGAAUGAGGUGGUGGUGGUGAAAGGGAAGCUAAAGCUGUGCUCCGUCUCCGGACUGGUCGCUGCCGUUGGGAUUCUGGUGCUGCUGGUUGGCAUUGCUAUGGCUGUGUUGGGUUAUUGGCCUAAAGAGAGUCCUCUCUAUCCAGGCCUGAUCAACACUGUGAGCUCUCCGAGGACAUACGGCACCACAGAACGGGAAUUAGUCAAUGUUAGCAUCAGAUGGGAGCUACUCGAUAAAGACUUUAAUGGCUCCAAUGGGACGACUGAGCUGGAUCCGCCUAAGCUCGGAGCAUUUGCUGCGUUUAUUAACAGAUACUUGUAUUCAGACAAGCUGAAAGUCUUCGGACCAUUGAUCAUGGGCAUCGGGAUCUUCCUGUUCAUUUGUGCCAAUGCAGUACUUCACGAAAACAGAGAUAAAAAGACUAAAAUCAUCAACCUCAGAGACAUCUACUCAACGGUGAUUGACAUUCAUAGCUUGCGGACCAAGGAGCCAGCACCACUGAACGGGUUCGUGAAUUACUGCCAAUCGAAAGACACCAAAUCCUACAUUUCACCCCAUAAAGGUGGAUCCUGGCCAUCUCCGGGAUCUGGUCGACAUGACACUGGUAGCAUGAUCCCAUCACGACGUCCUUCCACCAAUCAAUCGUCAUUGGAUAAGCAGAGCUUUACAGACACCGUCUACAGCAUAUAUCGAGAUCAGAAGCCUGAGCUAAAGCAAUGGGAAGCCAGAACCAUCGUGUCCACUUCGGUCAAUGCAUUCACUCUACCAAUGAUGAGGCUCAACAACCGAGGAACAUCAGAGAGGAGAGGCUCGGAUAAAACCGGAGAGGCUAAACGAGAGUUUUUGGACGCUGAAGCCAUUUGCAGGCGUCUGGAAGAUCUGGUAGCGUCUCGAAGCAUAACGAAAGCCAAAGUAGAGUCUGCGCAAACUCAUCCGGAGCCUCCGCAGGACUCACUGGAGGUUUACCGAAGCUGUGGAAGUUUGCAGGGAGCACCUCGAGUUUCGCUGCAGGGUUCGCAGGUGAAGCUGCUCACGCAGUGUUCGCCAAGCCACAAAGCUACCGGAUCGCACCUUUCUUUGAGCGCAUUGUCGGAUUAUUCAAGAUCAAUCGAUGAGGAUAUCUGUUCGCCCACUCCUGCGGAGCGACAGCAGGUACGGUCGCGGCGUCUCAGCUGUCCUCGACUCGAAGGUCUUAGCUGCGGAGGAUACACCAAACUCGAAGGUCUCGGCGGUGAAUCCUUCGAGUCCACGUUCAGUCGGGAGAGUUCAGUCGAGGUUUUGGAAAAGGACCAAGAGCUUCAAUCUGAGUGCGGAGCGGUCAGACAGUAUUCAAAGAAACAGAAACUCCUGAUGGUUUCUCAAUCGGACACUACUUUGGAGGACGUGGAAAUGGACAGUAUGGAAAUUUAGCUUGGGUUCUGUGGCGAUUCGCUCAAGACUCUUGGCUGAUAGUCUGUUAUGAAACUAAAGAUGCACGUUAGUAAAGUGUUAGCAGUUUUUCACAGGCUAAAUUCAGUUUUGAUACUCGGAAUCUGCACAGUCUGGAAUGGGAUUUAUGCGAGAGUUUUUCAGCCACCGAUAAGCUUGAAGGGAAGCGUUAAUCAUGUGACUAUUUUCAAUUUUAUAAGAUGGCUUAUACAGCAUUGAUAAUGUGAUUUAAUUUAAAUAUAAUCAGCUGAAUAGACUCACACCGUGUCCUAACUACACAUGACGCCGCAACACAAUAAAAGCUCUCUUUUACAUUUUAAAAGGAGUUUUUUGUGCUAACCAUCCUGCGAAAUUUCUAUUUAGAAACUACAUUUUCUAUUUCCGCGACAUCACGACAAAACAACAUCAUCUACUAUAUAUAAAGAUCACCUCAGGUGCUGAUUAUGUUCUUUAUUCAGUGAUAAAUUCUCCCCAUGUAAGUUUAAACACAUUUUGCGUGACAUGUAUUGCCACCUCAGAUCUUGAAAAUAUAAUAGCUAGCAGAUGCUUUGAAAAUGAAAGUCAGAAUUCAGUGCAAACUAACAACAUCAGUCACUCAGUAGCCUAUUAAUAAUGUUAAAGAGCAUUAAUAUAGAUUCAGUAGAUUAAAAGCCAUUGCCGUUUCAUCAUGAGUGCAGUGGCUGCUGUUUAAAUGUUUCCGUCGUGUUUGGUUCAGACAGACAAAUCGCUUACCGCUGGAAUAUUGUUGUAGGACACAAUGUCAAGCAUUCAUUUAGUUAUUCAAGUGUAAAACAAGUUGAAAACAAGUAGCGUCAGUGGGCGAGCACAGAAACUCCAUUGAAAGUCCAUAUUUUGAAGACAUGGUGCAGGAUAAUGGAAUUGAACGCAGAUCUUCAGUUGAGACACACUUUAUAUCACACCUCAAUCAGAAAGUGAGGAUUAUUGAUUUUUAAAGAAACCAAAUCUUAAAUACAGCGAUUUUAUAAUGACAUGACAGAUUACCAGAAGGGCUUGAGCUGGCCUACAGAAAAUGAAAAGUCCCUGUGCAUAAUCAGGGUCUUAAAAAGCAUUUAAAGUUGAUAAAUCAAUGUAGAGAAAUUUAAGGCUCCUAAUAAGUAUUAAAAAGUCUUAGAAGCUAUUUUGCAAGGUAUUAAAUUUUAUAUCAGUUUUGAUUAUGCAAUAUAUGGUAGUAUGGUAAAGUUUACCUAAAUUAAAUCUGCGGAUGUCAGGAUGCUGUGUAGGUUAUGAAAUCCUGCUAGAUUUGACAUCCUGCUGCUUUGUUUACUGCAGUAAUCAAGGCAACACCAUUAUUUCUGUAGCUCUAAAGGCGCCAACCUGCUGAAUUAGCUAGAUUUACUAGAUUUUUAUUCAGUAUAUGCAUAAUGUUGUAGUUUUGAAUUAGUUUCUUACAUUAAUAUUUAGUAAAUAAACUGUAAGUGAAAAUCUCGCCAGUGUUUCCAGUUGAAACCUAAAGUGGUUGUAAGUAGGCAUGGGCCGGUGUAAGUGUCUGAUGGUAUGAUAACCUUGGAUAAAAAAGCCAUGGUUUCACUGUAUUACAGUAUCCCGGUAUUGUGAUUACUGCUCUAAAAUAAGUUCUGUUUUUAAUGUCUGGGUAAAAUAAACAAACACAAAUAAACUUUUUCCCCAUUGAACAUAAUUAAUUUUAUUUAAAGAAACAUUUAGGCACAGUGAACAUGUCCAAUUGAAUAAGAUAAAUUGGCCGUAGUGCAUGUGAGUGUGUGUGCAAGAGUGUGUGGGUGUUUCCCAGUGUUGGGUUGUGGCUGGAAGGGCAUCCGCUGUGUAAAACAUGUGCUGGAAUAGUUGGCGGUUCAUUCCGCUGUGGUGACCCCAGAUUAAUAAAGGCACUAAGCCUAAAAGAAUAUGAAUGAAUGAGUAUACAUGUCAGGCUAAUAGUUCAAAUAAAUCAUUGACUUCUGCUCUCUUAGUUGGUUUUAAAAACACAGAUUUACACAGAGCUUGGGAACGGUAUAACAGAACAUUUUAGCGGUAUUAAAACCUUAACUUUACCAAACCACGGUAAACCUUGAAACCAGUCAUCGUCCCAUGCCUAGUUAUAAGCUCUUAAAUGUAUGGAGGAAGGUCUUGAAUUUCCCUCUCUGAUUGUGUGCAUUUUGUCAGUAAAUCCAAAAUGUGCGUAAACACAGGUGUAUGGAAAUCACUUGAAGAAUUUGCAUGACCAAAUCUUUUCCUGCAUUUC